GCUCAUUCCGGUGGUGAGAGUUCAUCGGCUACUGUCAUGCUGCUUCUGCCACUCUUGUUGUUUUUUCCUUCUUUGUUAGGAUUGCUUUUUGCCACACAAAACAGCGCUCUCUAUCGAUAUCCAACAGGCCGUGCUUCGUUUGGUAAAUUCAAGUGCGACCCUUUCUAUUUCUUAUGGGAAGAGAAACUUACAUCGUCCAUGGUGGAAGAUAAGUUGGACUGCACUUUCCUUUGUGUCGGUGAAUCAAAGUGCUAUUCGUUCAACAUAGCAGUGUAUCCUGACUCCAAAGGUCUUUAUCUGUAUGAGUUAUUGGCCACAGACAAGCACAGAGAGGCUGAAAAGGUUCAUGCAAAUACUGCCUUCCAUCACUGCAGUCCGUUGGUAAGAUCUCUUCAUAUAUUUGGUGCUUAACACUCUUCGUAUUUCUUCAAAUAGAAACUGGAUGAUUCAAGGAAUGUUCACUUUGUUUCUAGUCUCCAUGUGAAAGCGCUCCUUGUAAGAACGGAGGUGUCUGUGUUCCUGAAUAUGAAAGGAACUCCUAUCAUUGUGAAUGUAAGCCUGGAUUUUGGGGAACUCACUGCAAACGCUACAAAUGUGGAGGUUUUGAAUUUAGUCUUUUACUGUUGCAUGUGGUAGAACUGGAAGAGUCACAUACUGUCAUAAACCACUAUUCUUGUAUGUAUAUGGUUUACCUCUUUUCAACUUUUGGCUAUGAAUUCAAUUUUAAAUCGGUCUAUUGUACUUCUCUUCCCCGAUAAACAUUCCCGUAAAGAGAAAAUAAAUUUCGUGUUCAUGUCAGGCACUUUAUAUUAAGAUAAAUGAAAUCUUUUACUUCUAAAUUUCUUGUGUUCUUUGUUGCUUUGUUAUUUGUUUUUUAGGGAAUCGAACUUGCAGUGACAUCAAGUACUGCAAUCCUGAGGCUAAAAAUGGCUCUUAUGUCAUCGACCCUGAUGGAGAGGGCGGAGUGACACCAUUUAAAGUCUUCUGUGACAUGACUGACAAGGGCGGGAUAGGAGUGACAGUUGUCAGUCACGACAGUGAAAACAGAACACAGGUGGCUGGGUUUGAAGACCCUGGUAGUUAUUGGCGCAAUGUUACUUAUGAUGAAACCAGUCUAAUCCAGCUAGCAAGCUUAACAGCUUCAUCUGCUCACUGUGAGCAGUUUAUCAAAUACGAAUGCUAUCAUUCAAUGCUCCUUUUCAAAAGUAGCAUGUUCGGCUGGUGGGUAUCACGUGAUGACGAGGAGAUGAAGUACUGGGGUGGAGUCAACUCUGUUCCCUUUAAAUGUGCAUGCGGUUUGACUGACACGUGCGCGGACAGCAGUUACGGCUGCAACUGCGAUAAGAACGCUUUGAAUUGGCGAGAGGACAGCGGUUUACUAACAGACAAGUCCAAGCUUCCCGUGAUUCAAAUGAGAUUUGGAGAUACCGGUCAUAUUGUGCUUUACAAUGAAUCAGGAUAUCACACGCUUGGACCACUGGAGUGUUAUGGACUCAUCUAGAACUCAUGAAGACUGUUGAUUAACCACAACUUGAACAGUGUACUCUCUCCGUCAGACCUCAAUUAUAGUUAUAAUUAUUAGUUAUAUUUACAUGUAAUAUUUUCAGAAUCUCAGCAGUGUUGUGUAGUUUUCCAUGGUUUCUUUUUAAAUAGCGCACGUGGUAGACUUUUUCAAAAAGGCAGCCAAUAUUGUUAAGAUCAAACUUGAAUCGCUUAAAGAAACAUCUUCCUUUUCGAAUAGUCACCAGGCAUCAGAGUUUACGGCUAUUGCAUGAGGCGAAAAGUAGCUCUGAUUUGAUUUUCUUCCUACAUCAGAACUGAAGUCAUGUAGAGCAGCAAAGUAAUUUCUGAUUCGCGAAUAAUAAAAAUAUUGAAACAAAGAAAGAUGUUUUCCUUCCUGCCUCGAAUGUGUAACAAAGAAAAAAAUGGAGACCUCAUGAUGAAUUAAAAAUUAAAGCUCCAACGCUCUACCCCUGAAUCACAGAGACUCUGUGGUAAGCUGAGCCAUUACUAACUUCAUGUCACACGCAGGAGGCAUACUGUAAAGAUCAGCUAUGCAAAUAUUUUCACUUCAGGCUUAAAACAGGUGCAAACAAGAAGCAAGGGAUUCAAUGUUUACUUUGAAGUCCAACGCUUAACCUCUCUAACAAAAGAAUACACUCGUCCAUGUCAAUGGGAGAACCCAUAAUCCAUCAAAUAUUUUUGCUCGCGUGCGAUUGGUUUAAACGUGACUCGUGACCGAAAAUAUCCCAGCUACAAGUGAGAAAUAUCCCAGGUAAUAACCCACCUAUUGAUGUUCGCGACUCAAUUGGCUUCUGUAUGUCAUGUGGUACAAAAUCACCGGACAGUAGUCACGCAAUAACCUCCAUAUACGUCGACAUUUGUCCUUCGUUAAUUUCCGUAUAAAAGAAACAAAGCCAUAAUCUUUGUCACCUAACUACUCGUUUGGUAGAGUCCAGUGGUAAUGAUGUUUAAAAGCUGACCUCAAAUGCUACUCCAAAAAUUACAACAAAGUCAGCAAAAUUUGCUGUCAACGCGCGUUACGAUAAUUAAUGAGAGGGUUAGAAAAUACAUACAGCCUUUUUUGGCUUGCUGGUACGUUGGCUGCAAGCUGAUAAUGUCCACGGUCAAGAGAUUCUCCCCAGAAGUUCACAUUUUCCCUCGAAGCUUCGCUUCUCGGCCUCAUAUUCGUCCAUUAGACAAUUUUUCAGCCGCAAACAUUACCAGCCUACAUACCAGCCGCCUGGAGGGGUUUAUUUACCAAAUAUACCCCGAGUGAUGUUCUCCAAAUUUCAAACCUCACAUCCACAACGAUAAAAUUAUUGGUUCAAAAUUUAAUUCAAGAUGAGAGGGGGUUUUUCUUGUUACAGAGGAAUGAACAUGUUUCAGAGGACAAUGAAAAGUAACUAUCCCACGCAGGAAACAAUUAGCUGUUCGUAAACAUUUUUCUUGGGCGUUGCUCCAUUAGGCGCAAAAUUAUGCUCUUCACAACAACAAACAAACAACAAACAAUCUGUUCCUCGUAGUUCACCAUUUUCCUCGAGCUUCGCUAUCGGUAAACUGUUCACAUUUCGGGACAGAUAAUGUGUGUGGACAAAUAUCCGUGCAUAUUUUUGUGCCAAAUGGAGGCUAUUGUUUAUUUAUUCGUUACCACAAAAUUAAAAGUUAAAUUAAGUAGCUAAUUUUAUUCACUUAAUUACGGUAUAAGGUGGAGGGGUGGGGGGGGUAAAGGGUUGGAGGAUUUUUGGAAUCACAUGCUUCUCUCGGGGGGGAAGGGCAGGGGGGAGGGAGGAUCAGUUGUUCUUCUAACUUCUAUUUCUUGCUUGCAAGUGGCAAUCUAAUGGCACCAUACAAACAGAAGAAAAAAUACAAUUAACCAUCUCUUGCAACAAGAAAAAAAUUUAAUAUGGAAUUUUAACAAUUAAAUGAUAAACUACUUGAGCAUGGAGACCACAAGUGUAUCAAAGAGGGGGGGGGGGGGAAAGGGGACACAGAAAAAUGACCAUUCAUACAAGCAUAACUUACAGUACCAGUACCAGUACCACUCAAUACUAACUCAAGCUAAUUGAUCAAAAUUAGGUACAUCUUUUUACCUUGGAUUUCACACCAUCAACUUCUUUUUCAAGUUCCUUUUUCUUUAAAAAGUUACAAAUAUAAGGUCAUGUAAAUGUUUGUACUGAAGAGUUAAAACAACUAAUCUAUUUUAAAGCAAACUGCAACAGGGAGAAGAUAUGACUGAGAAAAUCAAUCAAACCAUCUCAAUGAAACCCACCAUCUUUACAAAUUAUCCAAAUGACAUAAAAAGAUCUAAAAACUAACUGUAUAUGCAUUUUUUUAACUUCAAAAUUAGUCGUUCAUCUUCUAUCAUGGUGGGAAGGAACCUCUGCAAAAAUAACAAGAUUUUACAUUCACCUCAAUGACCAGUUAAUAGCCAAUACGCAAUUUAGGGAAAUUAUACAUUCUUUGUUUUUGCUUUACAACAGUCUUUGACUGGUCCAGGGAACUUGCACACCACAAAUUGGAUCCAACACUAAAAACAAUCACAACUUGGUUACUCGUGUUUUUCUGCCCUUCACACAGUUUGCUUUUCUUUCUUUAUGCUCAUGUUGGCUCCUAUUGAAAUUUCCUCCACUCAAAAUUUGCUGCUGUGAUUUCUAUGGUUUUGGUUUAAUUUAUAUUGAUGCUUAUAUUUUUUCCCUUCACAAAUUACCAAAUGUCCUCUUGCACAUUAGCUUAUUGUGUGUUUUGCUGUCACUUACUGUUUUUUUUUGCCUCUAACCUUCUCAAAGUCUUUUAACCUUUCCUCCUUUUCUUUAAUACUCCUUAGCAAGACCUGCUUCUCUUUAGGCCAAUCCUCCAUUUUGACUGACAUCUUGGAAAUGGGUUGCGUGGUAUCGCAACUCAGGAUUACAGCUUCAUACCAAUGAAGCAAAGACUGAAUAACCACCUAAACCAUUACUAGCCUGCAUGAAUAUUGCUACCAGCUGAAAGACUGAUACUAACAAUGUGGUUGAAACAGGGCGCAGGAGACCAGGUGAUAGUCCAGGCUUUCCAACACCCCGCCAGGUGAUUGUGUUGUGUUCUUAUGCAAGUUAACAAUCUAAUUUGUGAUCAUGUUUAACAGUUACAAGCCAUUGCAUGAGGUUGGAUGGAAGUCCCGCAAAACGGGUCAAGUCAUGGCUUCCUAGUACACUUCCAAAGCUGUUGCCUGCGGUGAAAAAUCUGCCAUCAUUUUACAAAACUCAUACAUGCUUCUAAUUCGUCGAAAUACAUCUUUGAUGUAAUUUUUAUGAUGACACAAUUUGUUAACCAAAGCAAAGGGGAGACGACCAAGUUGGAAGUUAGUCUGCUAAUAAAAUCUUAAAUUAAAGAUUCAAAAGACUUUAUAGUUGAAAACUUUCACCCCUUUUGGGUUCCAAUAAAAUAUGCUAAAUCUGAAAAUGACUGUAAGUCUAGUAUUAGCACUUGAAUCCUUAGGUAGAUAGUCAUCUUUGUUACAAUUUUUCUUUUUCCCUCUGUUUGGAUUUUGCAAGUGAUUAAAUUAUUUGUCUGAGACAUUUCAUCGGACAGACCUUGAUGACCUCUCGUCGGCGCCUUCUACAUUUCAAUAUAUGCACACGAAUUCUCACUACCACUAAAAAACAAAAUGUUAUGUAUUAUGUUAAGGAUUUAAAGUUGUGUGACCAUUACAGUCCCCUUCAGGAUAAAUUAUAUUAAUACUCACUGUCGCCUUCUCUCCCCCUACCCAUGGAGCCUAAAAACGUUGUCAAUCGUUUUAUUCUUCAACUAAUGGCCCACUCUUUAAUUUAGUGUUAACAACUGGGUUGAAAACGUAAAUUAGCCACCGUAAAGAGUAAAAAAGCUGACGUUUCGAGCGUUAGCCCUUCGUCAAUCGCUCUGACGAAGGGCUAACGCUCGAAACGUCAGCUUUUUUAAAAGCAAUGAAAAUGAUCAGAAAAUACAAUCUCAGGGAAAUCAUGAUUCUUUUAAGCCAUCAUGUAAAUAAAGUUUCCUCGAUAUGUUUUUACUUUAUGAUCAUUUCCGGUGAAGUUUGAAUAUAUAUUGAUAACGAAGCAACAAAGUGCAUGUUGCUGCCACCGUUUUGUUUCAAUAUAGCACUUUGCAUAAACUGUUGAGCAAAAAGUCUAAGCCUAUUGAUUUACGAGAGUAUUCUGUUGAACUAACCAUACAUUUUUUGGCGACGAUAUUUACUUAGGUGUUCAAAUAAAAAUUGCAUUUUUUUUUCAGUUUAUACAGUUUCUCCUCUCGAUUAACUUAAUUUCAAAGAUAAAGCGCAUUCGGAAUGAGAGAUAAAAGAAAGGCAUAAAAAUAUAAUAUCAUAGCAUCAACUUUUCUAAACAUGAUACACAACGUGUCAAAAUAUCUGAAUAUUCGCCAAAGUCACGAUGCCUUAUCCUUUAUUGUAUAACAGUGGAUUGAAUUAAUUAGUGUUUCUGCAAGCCGGAGGCAUUCCACAUUUUGACGCUUAAACAAGUUUAGGCGUAAUUAAAUAAUACCAGAGGUUGCAAAGAUCUUCCGACGAUCUUUUGGUAUAUUGACUGAAGUUAAAUAAUUUUUUUGGUUCCUGAUAAAAACCCCCAUUGUUCGUUCUCUCCAAUGUAUUUCCUGCCGACAAGGUGUCUUUUGCUGUUAUUAUAGCGCACUAACAGACCGUUGUUUUGCAUCUCAGGCCUACAUAAGCCGGAGAAUAUUUUUUUUUAUUCCAGUCGAGCAGAACUGGUGUAAUUCAACGCUGUUUGCAGGCUUUUUUCAAAGUACACCUGAAGUUAUCAUAAGCGAGUCAUCUGACCAUUUCUCUUAAGUGAAAUGUUAUUCUUGGCUAGUUCUGUAACAUGUUCGAUAAACAACCUUCGCAAAUGUAAGUUUACUUAUUUGGAUAUCUUUUUUGAAACUUUUACCGGAAAUAUUUUUAUGAGUAACUCUGCAAUGUUUAUAUUUAAAAACAGUAUAGUGUUUAAUUGAAAAUGCUAAUAAACAGAUAUGAAACGACUGACUUUUUUUGCAAAUAAAAUACAUAAUCGAGGCUCACGCGUUUUCCGAUCUUCACAUGUCAGACAGACAUGACGUAGAUGAAUUUAAGAGGAAAACAACAUUAGCUUCUUGUAGUUGGUACCAAGUUAUAGCGUCAAUUUAUUUCAUAUAUUGUUAUCCUGCUGCGAGCCAAAAUAGAACCUCUUACAGAAAUAUGAAUAGUUAAUAGUAUUUAAACCUAUUUGUAUAGAAGGCAUCAAUAGACAUCGUUUCCUCAGUUAAAAAAAAAACAGUUUGAAAGCAAUUCUUUUAAAAAAAAACUAAAAAAAGUAUCAGGUUUGUCAAGAAGGAGAGGUUUAUUCAGGAAAACUUUUUAAAAUUUACUGUUCCACUUCUACUUCCCCUUUAGUAGGAGUUUAUCCCACUCAUGGCACCUGCUUCAUAGAUGUGGCUAUUAAUUCUUAAUUACUGACAAGCAAUAAUAAAGGACCUAUUUUUUAAUUUGAAUGUAAAGUCUGCGGUAUCAUACAGCAACUCAUUCCCGUGGUGAGAGUUCAUCGGCCACCAUCAUGCUGCUUCUGCCACUCCUGUUGUUUUUUCCUUCUUUGUUAGGAUUGUUGUUUGCCACACAAAACAGCGCUCUCUAUCGAUAUCCAACAAGCGAUCUUUUUUUCGGUUACAUAAAGCGCGAUGUCUUCCAUUACUUAUGGGCAGAGAAACUUUCAUCAUCCACGGUGAAAGAUCAGUUGGACUGCGGUUUUCUUUGUCUUCGAGAGCCAAAGUGUCAUUCGUUCAACAUGGCAGCGUAUCCCGACUCCAAAGGAGUUUAUCUGUGUGAGUUAUUGGCCACAGACAAGUACAGAGAAACUGAAAAGUUCCAUGCAAAUGUUUCCUUCCAUCACUACAGUCCGUUGGUAAGAUCUCUCCAUAUGUCUGGUGAUAAAACACUCUUUGUAGUUUUUUUAAUACAAACUGAAUGAUUCAAGAAAUGUUUACUUUGUUUCUAGCCUCCAUGUGAAAGCGCUCUUUGUAAGAACGGUGGUGUCUGUGUUCCUGAAUAUAAAUGGAGCUCCUUUCAUUGUGACUGUAGACCAGGAUUCUGCGGAAUUCACUGCGAAAGGGGAGGUAUUGAAUCUGUCCUACUUUCUGUUGCAUGAAGAAAAAUUGAAAAAAAAAAACUCAUACUGUUAUUUUCAAUCAUCUGUUAUAAAUUGAUGGUUUACCUAUGUUCAACCUUGUGCUAUAAAAUUAAAUGCAUUCGAAUCAGUCUUUUGUCUUGCCUUCCCGAUAAACAUACCUUAAUUGGUUUUUCCUUUAAAGUGCCUAUGACAAGAAUUUUUUUUUUUUUGCAUAAGUAUUUAGCUUAUCAUAUGUUCAAACCAAUUCCGAUAAAAAACAAAAUUUCAAAUAACUUAAAACUCGGUUUUUCGGGCCUUAAAGUGCUCUUAUUUUGUGUUAAAAGUGUACCGUGGACUGGUAACGAAUUAGCGGGUUAUGACGUAGAAAACUGUGAAAGCUCUCAGUGGUAACUUGCAAAUCUCUCAGUUUUCUUGUAAUUUUGAAUCAGUCGACGUUGAAAAACUGUCCAAUAGCGAUGUAUACCUACCUUCACCAAGCUCUACCGAGAGUUGAUACAUCGUACCCAAUUAGUAAAGAAGGAGGUUGCGAUUAGGGUUCAGCCCUACGAAAGAGAACCAUGUGCAUCAAACGAAGAUUUUUGGUUUCUCGCCUGCGGUGUUUAGGUCAAGACGGGAACAAAAAAAAACUCCCGAUACUAAAUGUUUAGUUGUAGCGUUUUGCGCUUUGUUUUCUACGGCGAAAUCCAUUUUAAAAAUGGGUAGCUGUGUCCGUUUCGGUCGUCUUAAAAUUUUAUUCCUUUGCACUAAGUGGGGCGAAGGUUCUCCUUGCUCAGUGCUCUAGUGUUUCGUUGCUGUAGAGUAAUUCCCUUAGCAAACCAAAAGCUAACUUUUGACGAAAGAAUCAGCUGUACCAUGGGGCACGAUGACUUUUCGCCGAGAAGUCAUCGGGCAGUUUCACUGCAAGUUGCUUCUUUCCUUAGAGAUUGCUGAGGCAGAGGCUAUCGUCAAAGGGAAAAUAGUGAGUUUAUAUAGAUUUAAGUCAAUCUCAAAUAGGGAUUUCAAUAGAGGAAAACUCAUUUAGUUUAAGCGCAGCAUUGCCAUGUGAUCCAUUUCGCUCAAUGGCAAAUAACUGACAUCAGUGUUGUAAGUUAAUAUUUCGUAUGUAUCGACUUUCGUACAGCAUUUGGAUUCGCUACCAUCUAAUUCAAUAAUAUUUGUGUUUAUUUAUUUAUCUCGUAGGAAACCUAGGUUAGGAGGAUACACAGCCCUUUCGAGUUUGUGUUUAUACCAGUAUCCGCACCAGAGGUUUCUCAUUGCUAAGGCAACAGGAUAUCGGUCAGCUCAGGAAAGGGCUUGAACUUGAUUACAAAUGAUGUAUUUCUGUUAAUAGAACACGAUGAAAACUGCAAUUAGUAGGAUUUUCAUACGAUUAGAAAAGCGUUAAUGUACUCAUGUGGAAAGACAAGGAGUAUGAGUACAUCUCAAACAGGUGAAAUAAAGAAAACAAUAAGGAGCUUACCAUUCUUUGCUUGCAGCCGAAAAGAAUGUUGAACAAUCGUGUGCGGUGUCGGAACAGGCAUUCUUUUUAGCUAAAUUCAUUGAUUAUCUUCCCUGAUUUAACAAGUGGUAUGUGUUCGUAACAGCCGUUUUCGAAGUCGAUACGGGGCAUAUGGCCGACGACAUUGAAGAGUAAAAUCUCCUCGAUGUCGACGAUCGAAACGCAUCCAUUUUGGUCAUACAGCUACAUCCUUUGGAAAUUAGUGUAUAGAAAUACCCGGUAUAUGUGUAUUAUUCUUGUAGCUAACAUCUUUUAACGCUCCGGCCAUGCAAUGCGUUCGUCCUUUCUUCCAGAUUUCUCCUUUCUUUAACAUAGUUGCCGUCGUGUCUUCACAGUUUUUCUAGGUCACAGCUAUGUAAUGUGAUCGUUUUGGCGGCGCGCUUAACGAGAACACUUUUUGGCCGACAAAUCGUAAUUUCAAAGCGCAGAAAAAUGGUCAAGGAGAACUUGCUAGGCGCAAAGGUCGAUUAUUUCUACUUUUAAACACAGCUAUCAGAAAAUGCAAAAAAUAUAAUUUCGUGUACAUGUCAUAGGCACUUUAUAUUAAGAUAAAAGAAAUCUUUUACUUCUAAAUUUCUAAUAUUCUUUGUUGCUUUGUUAUUUGUUUUUUAGGAAAUCGAACUUGCAGUGACACCAAGUACUGCAUUCCUGAGGCUAAAAGUGGCUCUUAUGUCAUCGACCCUGAUGGAGAGGGUGGAGAGAAACCUUUUAAAGUCUUCUGUGACAUGGCUGACAAGGACGGUGUUGGAGUGACAGUUGUCAGUCACGACAGUGAAAACAGAACGCUGGUGGAUGGAUUUCAGGAUCCCGGCAGUUAUUCGUGCAAUGUCACGUACCAGGGAACCAGUCUCCUUCAGCUGGCAAGUCUAACAGCUUCAUCUGCUCACUGUGAGCAGUUUAUAAUGUACGAGUGCUAUCACUCAAGGCUCUUUCGCGAUGGUUACGGCUGGUGGGUAUCACGUGAUGGAGAAGAGAUGAAGUACUGGGGAGGAGUGGAUUCUAUCGAUGACAAAUGCGCAUGCGGCAUGAACCAUACAUGUGCAAACCCUCAGUACGGAUGUAACUGCGACAAACUUGACCAACAAUGGCGAGAGGACAGUGGUUUACUUACUAACAAGUCUAGGCUUCCGGUGAAGCAACUGAGGUUUGGAGAUACCGGCCUUACAAGUAGUGAUCAGGGAUACCACACACUUGGAAAGUUCAAGUGUUUUGGACUUAUAUAG